ACGUUCGGAAUAAAACAACGCGAGCACUUCCCUCGCGCAGCAGUGGUGCGCAAGGACCGCCGAUCCUGCGUAUGCGCCUCCCAACUUGUAACGAUCGAGUUGCGCGCUAAAUAGGACGCGCGCUGUGUUGUGACUGUAUGUGUGCUGUGAAGUGUUUUUUUUUUUAAUUUUGGAGUUAUUAAUUAGUUAAAAUGAGGCAUCUGCAUUGGGCAACACACUUGGCGACGGCAACAUGGGUGCUGUUCACCCUCCUGCUUCCAUCAGACACGCAGCUCCUCAAUCCCAUCACAUCGUUCAUGAACUUCCUGAAUGAAGGCACCAAUCAACUGGACAACGAACCACCAGAUCAAAAUAGAAUGUUGAGUGAAUAUGACUUUAUCAUUGUAGGAGCCGGUACGGCAGGAUGCGUAUUAGCAAACCGUCUGACUGAAAUCCCUGAAUGGAAAGUUUUACUCAUUGAAGCAGGUAACAACGAAAAUUAUGUCAUGGAUAUUCCAAUCGUAGCCAACUAUCUUCAAUUCACAUCGGCGAACUGGGGAUAUAAAACAAUGCCCUCCAAAAAGUACUGUGCAGGCUUUGAGAAUCAGCAGUGUAACUGGCCUCGAGGAAAGGUAGUCGGAGGCUCCAGUGUUCUAAAUUACAUGAUUUACACACGAGGAGCUAAACCUGAUUACGACAGCUGGGCAGCGAUGGGUAACGAAGGCUGGAGUUGGGACGAAGUUCUCCCAUAUUUCAAGAAAAUUGAAAACUUCAACAUCCCGUCGUACGAUGAUCCAAAAUAUCACGGACGCGAUGGUCAUCUCAACGUCGAAUACGCACCAUUCCGAACAACCAAAGGGAAGGCCUGGGUCAAGGCAGCACAAGAAAUGGGUUUCAAAUAUAGCGAUUACAAUGGAGCGGAACCUGCCGGCGUAUCUUUCCUUCAACUAUCAAUGAAAAAUGGAACUCGUCAUAGUUCUAGCAGAGCUUAUUUACACCCAGUCAAUGGUCGCAAUAAUCUCCAUGUGUCUAAAAGCAGCAUGGUUACUAAGCUUAUCUUUGACGAAACCAAAACUAGAGUAAUUGGAGUCGAAUUUGAAAAACAAAAUGUGAAACAUAAAAUAUUGGCAAAGAAAGAAGUUAUUGUAUCUGCUGGAGCUAUUAAUUCUCCUCAACUAUUGAUGCUGUCAGGUAUCGGUCCAAGAAAUCACUUGGAAUCGUUAAGAAUAAACGUUGUAAAAGAUUUACCAGUAGGGUAUAACCUAAUGGAUCACAUAGCUGCCGGUGGAGUUCAAUUCUUAGUUCGGCCGCAAAAUCUUACGCUGUCUACUGAAUACAUAUUAAAUCAUUUAGAACUAGUGUUCAAAUGGAUGAGAUCACAUAAAGGCCCACUGUCAAUUCCUGGUGGUUGCGAAGCUCUUAUAUUCCUGGAUUUAAAAGAUAAAUUCAACACAACAGGUUGGCCAGACAUGGAACUGCUCUUCAUUUCAGGAGGAUUAAACUCAGACCCUCUAUUACGACGUAAUUUCGGCUUUGAUAACCAAAUUUAUGAUGCGACGUACGGUCCGUUAGGAAAGUCCGACGCCUUUAUGGUCUUCCCGAUGUUAAUGCGACCCAAAUCAAAAGGCAGAGUUAUGCUACGAAGCAAAAACCCCAAAGCACACCCAGCCAUAAUUCCAAACUAUUUUGAGUAUGCAGAGGAUUUACAGAAGAUUGUAGAAGGAAUUAAAGUAGCAGUGCAAAUAGCAAGACAACCAGCUUUGAAGAAAAUGGGUGCCAAAUUAUAUGAUGUUCCGAUAGAGGAAUGUUUACAAUACGGCCCGUUCGGGAGCGAUGAGUACUUCGCUUGCCAAGCACAAAUGUUCACAUUCACUAUCUACCAUCAGAGUGGCACUUGUAAGAUGGGAGUGGAGAGUGAUCCUUCAGCGGUGGUCAGUCCGAGAUUAAAGGUCCAUGGUAUUGAGGGUCUCAGAGUGAUAGACGCAAGUGUUAUGCCUGAGAUAGUGUCCAGUCAUACCAACGCGCCUACGUAUAUGAUUUCCGAAAAGGGAGCGGACAUGAUAAAACAGGAUUAUGGUAAAUUGAGGUAGAACUAAUUAUACACGGUCAUUUAAUUUUAUAAAGCACAUCUGUGAUGUUAUUUUAGUACAUAAACUUAGUGUUUAUAAUAACUUAUGUAUACCCUUCUGACAUGAAAAGGGAAUGAUAACAGUGACCAUAAAAUUGUAUUUAUUUAAUGUAUAACAACAAUAUUUUAACAGGCAUGUAUAAUAUAUACAGAUACAUAGAUUAUAUGUUUUGAGUCUUUGUCAGUAGGGUAGUUUUCUCUGAUUGGUUUUAUACAAUACCACAGAAAGACUUAUUAAGGGUGAAUUAAUUCCCAGGUGAAAGACCACUACUUGAGUCGAAAACACCGGAAUAAUAAUCCAAUAUUUUAUGUAAAUUGGGCAAAAUGAAUCCAAAAUAUGGGACCAACUAAGCCAAUUACCCUAUUGACGACGAGUAACUUAUUUAAAUAUCUAUUUUUUGAGCCAGAUAAAAAACACGUAACCUCUAAGUUAAUCAAGUGAAUAGAAAAAUCAAUGUUCUCUAUAUGAUUGACAUUCAAUAACUUAUGGUCAAUGCCAUCGACUUUUUUAUUCCCUAGAUUUUACUGGAGUUUAUGUUUUUUGUAUAAAGGGACUAUAGUGCAAAUUAAUUAGUUAAUAUUAUACAUUGAAAUUAUAUAUUGAAAUUAAAAAUGUUAUAUGACAAACCCAGUUUGCAUGAAACUGUGUAAUUAGCAUUUAGGUAUUGGGGUUAUUUUAGAAACUUUUGUUAUUUAAUUAGAGGUUGGUAGUAAACUAAUGUAUUAAAUACCCAAUGAAACAAUAUUAUAAGUAUUUUAUAGUUUUAAGUACACUAUAUAUAUCUGAGUAUAUCCUCUUUGAUUGGCAUUCGCAAACAAACACAAAUAUUCUAAGCAAAAUCUGUACAAACGCCGGUCUCCGUGAUCCAGAGGCGUUUAAAGUGUUAAUUAUUUACAAAACUACAUUUUUUUAAUUUAAAAUAUUGUGUAGAACUGUGUAAAAUCAAGUACAAUAAAAUAAUAUUAAGAAACUACUUAACCACCACAUAUAUGCGGGUAAGCAAAUAGUUUUAAAUGAAUCAAAGCCAUUUAUUUAAUUUUAUUUAUGUAUCAUGUACCAAACCAAAAUAUUGCUCUCAGUCUACUAUUAAAGAGUAUUAUUAUUAUUUUUCAACAUUAUUUUUAUUUGUGUUUAACGUAUAAUGCAACUGGAACCUCAAUGUGAAUUACUAAAUUAUGUUUAUAAAACAUAAUUUUACAAUUGUAAUAUUAGUAAAUUCAUUAAAGAAAUAUGAAAAAAA